AUGGGGGCAUAUGAGUCCACAAAAUUGACUAUCCUUGAUGAAACUGAAUCUAUCCACAAAAAAGCCGAUUGUUAUUUAAAUCAAUAUAAACUGAUAGAAGCUGAUAAAUGGAGAAGAAAUGCGAAGAUAUUAGCCGAACAACUACAAGAUAGAGUGAGAUUUGCAAAGUGCUUUGAUAGACAAGGGUGCAUUAAAGAAUUGCAAGGUGAUUUGAAUGGAGCUUUAAAAGAUUUUAACAAAUCACUUGGAAUAAAAUCAGAAUGGUCAGAAAAUGAAGAUAUCAAUAUGAGUGAGUCUUAUCUUAACAUUGGAAGUAUUUAUGAUAAGCAAGGCAAGUAUGACGACGCUCUAUCGAUGUAUAACAAGUCACUGAAGAUUCAACUAACACAACUUGGUGACAAUCAUCCAAAAAUUGCUGUAACUUAUAGCAAUAUUGGGCAAGUCUAUAAUCAUCAAGGCAAGUAUGACGACGCUCUAUCGAUGUAUAACAAGUCACUGAAGAUUCAACUAACACAACUUGGUGACAAUCAUCCAAGUAUUGCUGUAACUUAUACAAAUAUUGGGCAAGUCUAUAAUGAUCAAGGCAAGUAUGACGACGCUCUAUCGAUGUAUAACAAGUCACUGAAGAUUCAACUAACACAACUUGGUGACAAUCAUCCAAGUAUUGCUACGACUUAUCACAACAUUGGUAGUGUCUAUAGAGAUCAAAGCAAGUAUGACGACGCUCUAUCGAUGUAUAACAAGUCACUGAAGAUUCAACUAACACAACUUGGUGACAAUCAUCCAAGUAUUGCUGUAACUUAUACAAAUAUUGGGCAAGUCUAUAAUGAUCAAGGCAAGUAUGACGACGCUCUAUCGAUGUAUAACAAGUCACUGAAGAUUCAACUAACACAACUUGGUGACAAUCAUCCAAGUAUUGCUACGACUUAUCACAACAUUGGUGGUGUCUAUAGAGAUCAAGGCAAGUAUGACGACGCUCUAUCGAUGUAUAACAAGUCACUGAAGAUUCAACUAACACAACUUGGUGACAAUCAUCCAAGUAUUGCUACGACUUAUCACAACAUUGGUGGUGUCUAUAGAGAUCAAGGCAAGUAUGACGACGCUCUAUCGAUGUAUAACAAGUCACUGAAGAUUGAACUAACACAACUUGGUGACAAUCAUCCAAGUAUUGCUACGACUUAUCACAACAUUGGUAGUGUCUAUAGAGAUCAAGGCAAGUAUGACGACGCUCUAUCGAUGUAUAACAAGUCACUGAAGAUUCAACUAACACAACUUGGUGACAAUCAUCCAAGUAUUGCUACGACUUAUCACAGUAUUGGUGGUGUCUAUAAUCGUCAAGGCAAGUAUGACGACGCUCUAUCGAUGUAUAACAAGUCACUGAAGAUUCAACUAACACAACUUGGUGACAAUCAUCCAAGUAUUGCUGCGACUUAUCACAACAUUGGUGGUGUCUAUAAUGAUCAAGGCAAGUAUGACGACGCUCUAUCGAUGUAUAACAAGUCACUGAAGAUUCAACUAACACAACUUGGUGACAAUCAUCCAAGUAUUGCUGCGACUUAUCACAACAUUGGUGGUGUCUAUAAUGAUCAAGGCAAGUAUGACGACGCUCUAUCGAUGUAUAACAAGUCACUGAAGAUUCAACUAACACAAUUUGGUGACAAUCAUCCAAGUAUUGCUGCGACUUAUCACAGUAUUGGUGGUGUCUAUAAUGAUCAAGGCAAGUAUGACGACGCUCUAUCGAUGUAUAACAAAUCACUGAAGAUUAAACUAACACAACUUGGUGACAAUCAUCCAAGUAUUGCUACGACUUAUCACAACAUUGGUGGUGUCUAUAGAGAUCAAGGCAAGUAUGACGACGCUCUAUCGAUGUAUAACAAGUCACUGAAGAUUGACCUAACACAACUUGGUGACAAUCAUCCAAGUAUUGCUGCGACUUAUCACAGCAUUGGUGGUGUCUAUAAUCAUCAAGGCAAGUAUGACGACGCUCUAUCGAUGUAUAACAAGUCACUGAAGAUUCAACUAACACAACUUGGUGACAAUCAUCCAAGUAUUGCUUCGACUUAUCACAGUAUUGGUGGUGUCUAUAGAGAUCAAGGCAAGUAUGACGAUGCUCUAUCAAUGUUAAACAAGUCACUGCAAAUCUUUUUAGUAACGCUAGGUGAGAACCAUCUUCAUACUGCCCAGUUGUAUCGAAGCCAAGCUGUAGUCAAUUGUAAACUGUCGAAUUAUCGUCAAGCAAUCGCAUUAUAUCGAAAGUCCAUUAACAGUCUACGCAAUGUCUACGGAGAGAGUCAUCCUCAAAUUGUGGAGGAUGAGAAACAAAUUAAUUACUGUUCCAAUCAAUUGCAAGAAAACGAGAAGGAGCCUUCUCCAUUGGAAAUAGCCAACAUCAUUCGACAGCUUUUGGCUCAAUAUGCAGACAAUCAAACAGUCAUCGACGACCAAUCGCCAUCAUCACUAGAAGAAGAAAGCGAACACUCAAGUCAAUAUGGAAAAGCACAAGAUAAUAGCAGACAACAGCGCCAAGAUCCAAAGGAGCACUUUUUUCAAAUUGCAAAUACAAUUGGUUCGGAUUGGACAAGAUUGGCUGCAACUUUGGAUCAAUCCAUCGAUGUUGAUAGUAUUAAAGAUGAAGAAAGUAAGGUUUUUGACCGAGCGAUGAAAAUUCUCAACAAGUGGUGUGAAAAAAAUUAUCCAAAUGUAAAUGUUGAUCAGCUUCAAGCAGCUUUACGACAAAUAAAUAGGAACGAUAUUGUUUUGGCUAUCAAGCCUACCACAACAUGA